AUGGAUAAAGAAAACGAUUCUGUCGUAACAGAAUUCAUUCUUCAGGGAUUCACAGAUAAUCCAAGAAUGCAGCUCCCUCUUUUUAUCAUCUUCCUAUUCAUUUAUGUUAUCACUGUCAUAGGGAAUCUUGGGAUGAUCGUGUUAAUCUGUGCUGAACCUCACCUUCACAACCCCAUGUAUUUUUUCCUGGGCAACCUCUCCUUUGCUGACCUCUGUUGCUCCUCAGCCAUUGCCCCCAAAAUGCUGGCUGGCCUCUUAGCUGAGAGUAAAAGGAUUUCAUACAGUGCCUGUGCUGUACAGCUGUAUUUAUUUGGCCUAUUUGCAGAUGUCGACUGCCUUUUGCUGGCUCUGAUGGCCUAUGACAGGUACGUGGCCAUCUGCAAUCCACUUCACUAUUCACUGCUUAUGUCCAAGAGAGUCUGCAAACAGCUGAUGGCUACAGCCUACUUCAUAGGCAUUGUGGAUUCAAUGAUACACACCUGCUGUACCUUCCGACUGCCAUUCUGCAGCUCUAAUGUCAUCAACCAUUUCUUCUGCGAAGAACCUCCACUCCUGGUGCUUUCCUGCUCUGAUACAUACAUCAAUGAGAUCCUGAUAUUUAUCUUUAUUGGCUUCGUUAUAACAAGCAGCAUUGGGAUGAUUCUUGUUUCCUAUGUCUAUAUCUUGGGCACAAUUGUGAGAAUGCGCUCCACUGAAGGCAGGUACAAAGCCUUUUCUACCUGUGCCUCCCACCUGACAGCCGUUGGGAUAUUCCAUGGAACGAUGCUCUUCAUGUAUUUUCGGCCCAGCUCUAGCUAUUCUUUGGACCAAGACAAAUGGGCUUCGGUGUUCUAUACAGUAGUGAUUCCCAUGCUCAACCCUCUGAUCUACAGUCUGAGGAACAAGGAUGUGAAGGAUGCUUCUGUUACAUUGGAGAUAGGCUUCAGGAACACAUCCCUUAGAUUUGCAUAA